CGCUAUGGUUAACCAGAUCAGGUCCCUGUCUUAUUUCGUGGAAAGUAACGGAGCUAAGGAAGGAACUGCAGAUUUCGAGAAAGCCAUCAAACUUUGCGGAUACGGAAGAUUUCACUAUGGCUUCCUGCUUCUCUGUGGAGCGAUGUUCCUCUGCGUCGGUUGUCAAAAUGGCAUAAACGCGUAUAUUUUGCCAUCCGCAGAAUGCGAUCUCAAAUUAACAUCCGAGCAGAAAGGUCUCCUGAACGUUUCCUUUCUCUUAGGAGGAGUCAUAAGUGCUAUUUUCUGGGGAGUUUUCGCCGAUGCUUAUGGCAGAAAAUAUAUUCUCCUCCUCACUUUACUGAGCGACAGUAUUUUAUCAAUUGGAGGAAGCUUCUCUCAAAGCUUCAAGGUACUCCUGCUUUUCAGGGCUCUCAGCGGAUUUUUCAUUGGCGCUCCUGGCUCUCUGGUCUACACGUAUCUUGGGGAAUUCCAUGCAGAGAAACAGAGAGUAAGAUCCAUCUGUUAUGUAGGACUCUUUUGGACAAUUUCGUGGUUAAUAUUACCCGGUCUGGCCUGGAUCAUUAUACCACUGCCAAUUUCUCUUCAAUUCAACGGAAUGUUGUAUAAUUCUUGGCGAAUCUUCUUGGCCAUUAUUGGAAUUCCAACGUUAAUGGUAACUCUAGUCGCAACUGCGUAUCCCGAGAGCCCGAAAUUUUUGGUCUCUCAAGGGAAAACGGAGGAAGCUCUGGCAAUUUUACGAAAGAUCUACGCGUUAAACACUGGUCACCAUGAAGAUGAAUACCCGGUAAAAAUAUUGUUACCCGAUGACACCAUGAAUAGUCAUAACGAUAAAGCAUCAUUUGCUGCAUCUGGUGUUCUAACGGAAUUGCUGAAAAAUAUCUGGCAACAAAUGCGUUGCCUUGGAUCGCCGCCGCUCUUGAAAUAUGCUCUUCUUUGUUGUUGCAUCUACUUCGCGAAUAUGUUCGGAUACUACGGUUUCGGUUUAUGGCUGCCAGAGUUGUUCAACCGAUUCGAAAAUUAUCACAAUUUGCACCCGAAUCGAACAGCGAGCGUGUGCAAACUGAUGCACGAGCCUGAAUUAAAAACUGCCAUGCCAUCUGCGAAAAACAUUUUAGUCGAUUCGACAAGUGUCAUGAACGAUUGUUCUCACAAUAUGGACGAGAUGGUGUUCAUCAAUUCAUUAACUAUCAACGCGUUUUGUCUGCUGGGAAACGUCAUUUCUGGCUACAUGGCAAAUCGCGUUGGUCGACGAACGAUGCCAGUGACAACUAUGCUGUUAGCUGGCGUAUUCGGUUUCGCGAUUUACUUCGUCAGGUCUUCCUUGCAAAUUCUCAUGGUGAGCUGCAUGUUCUCGUUGACAAUAGUCACGGCGAAUUUUGUCAUCAGCAGCAUCGUGGUCGACAUAUUCCCAACGAACGUAGGCGCCGUUGCGAUUUGUAUAGUGACCUGUUUCGGUAGAAUCGGCGCCAUCGCCAGUAAUUUAGCUUUUGGAAUGUUACUCGACAUUAGCUGCGAAGUGCCAAUCUUUCUGGUCGGCAGUAUAGUGAUUCUUGGAGGAGCACUGGCGCUCGUUCUUCCAAAGAAGAAAAGUUGAAUCUUUCCCGGUGCGAAGAUGAAAGAAGAGAAGAAGAAUGGUUACUACGCUUAUUACACGUAUACAACGUCCGAUCAUUCCAUGUUUCUCCACGCAUCACAAAUGUCGUUCGUUUUGAAAAUCGUUAGUCCGACACAUCUAAUCGCGUCAUAUUUUUAAAAACAAAUUCGAAGACAGUUCUUCUUUUAUUGUUAACUGUACAUUAGAUGUAGAAAUGAAUUCUUUCCAAUUUUUGGCUGCGCUCAAAGUU